AUGGAUAAUUCCUUCAAAAUUUCUCUCAGCUCACUAUUCGACGCCUUACCUUCUCCAUCAAACUAUGUCAUUAGUGGAAAAUUUAACAUGUGGUUUAGAAUUGGUAUAGUUGCUUCAUCUCAAAGCGCUAUGUUAUAUUUCAAUUAAGAUACAUUCUCCUAUACAUUAAAUAGGACAUCUUUUAAAAGAGACACAUCACUAGAUUAAUACGUUGGCGGUGAGAUUUACUCUAAAAUAGAGCUAUCUAUGAGAGAUUUUGCCUUUUGGCACAAUUUUAUGCUAAGCAAUAAUGAAAUGAGUGAGCUUUUUCAUUAAUUAAAUGGGAUUCAAGUUUAAAAAGCAAAACUUACAAUGUAUUAUAACUUGAAAUCGUAUUUCUCAGGCUACAGACCCUACGAUCACAUUAACCCUGAUUAUCAAGUAUAUCUUAAAACAGGUUAUAUAACUGCUACACCACAAUCUUAAGAUUCCUUGCUCGAAUCUUACUUACUAUACCAGAGGAAUAUAAAUUGCAAGGAAUAUAAAGAAUAUACAGGCACAGUGCAUAAAUAUAAUGCAUUUUCACUUGAAAUCAGAGAUACCAUAGUACUUCCUCCUUUGCCCUCAGUCAACUAAAAAUUGAAAGGUUUCUCUAUAGAGUUAUGGUAUCUGUUGAUUACUGACCCCAACAAUAUCUUCAGUUUGGUUAGUAAUUAAAACAGUAUAGGGUAAAGCGGUUUAUAAACUUAAAACUUUGCCUUAAAUAUUGAUAGCGUUACUAUUUCAGAACAAUUUCUUUCAUUUCAUUUGUGUGGAACUUAAGCUUUAAAUAUUAAGAUCUCAAAAUGUUCUAAAGCAUGGAACUAUGUCGCAAUAAUUGUAGGAGAAGAUAAGAUUCAAUUUGAAUAUGACUGUAUUCAAUCCUUUGCUAAUACUUACGCAGAAAAUACUUUGAAUUUACCACAGACUUGCCAAUUUUACGAUCCUACUAAAAAUAUUUUCUUACGAGUUGUAACAACAGAUGACAAAGAUCUACUAAUUUCAAUGAGGGAGCUAAAAAUUUGGUAAUACUUUAAUUUUCUUGUUAAUUCACUUAUCUAUCAGGACUUAGAGGAAGUUGUUGAGUGA